AGUGUGAACAGAACCCAUUGUCGUACUCACAAAUUCAAGUUGUUGCUCCAGUUCUUAAGCACUAGAAAGUAGAAAGUAGAAACCAAAAAGCAAAAACAAAACAAAAAAAAAUAAAAAUUUGUAACGGCUGGAGACCGGAGACCUGGAGUGAUGAGCAAUGCUGAUUGAUGGCAGAUGACAGAUGUGCAGUCCCUCUUCUGCAUGCCUUCCAUUUUUCAUAGUGCAAAAAUGGCUGCUGAUGGUGCCGCUUCUCCUGCCGGUUUUGCUGAGCAAGAGUUAAUCAAGCAACUUGUUGAUUCUGGGAAUGAGCUUCUCCAGAACCCUCCGGCUUCAAAAGAGGAGCUUUUGGGAAAACUUGAAAGAUUAGGGCUUCUUCUUUCUAAUGUAUAUCAAGAACCAUCGGGAUCUUUUCAUGAAGCACUUCAACCUUCAAUCAAGGCACUAUUUGCUGAUGGACUUCUACAACAUGCUGAUCUGGAAGUGCAAACCUCAACAACAUACUGCAUGAGUGAGAUUUUGAGAAUAACAGCUCCAGAUCAACCAUGUGAUGAUAAAUCAAUUGAGGAGUUUUUUCAGCUUGCAAUAAUGGCCUUCAGGAAGUUGGCAAACGUGGAGGAUCGCUGUUAUUCAAAGGCUGCAUCAAUUCUUCAGACUUUUGCUAAGUACAGGCUGUGUGUGCUAAUGUUGGAUCUUGAGUUGGAUGCGUUGAUUCUAGAGAUGUUUCAGCUAUUUCUGAAUUCCAUUUGCCCCGACAAUGCUGAUGCUCUAUUACCAUUCAUGGAGGCAAUCAUGACAAUGAUAAUAGAGGACAGUGAAGAAAUCUCAACGGAUCUUCUAAGUAUCCUCCUAACUAGUGCAAAGAAGGAAAACCAGAAUCCUUUGAAUGUUUGUUAUGUGCUGGGAGAGAGAGUUUUUAGGAAUAGCAAUGUUAAGCUGCAACAGUAUAUCCCUGGAGCUGUGAAAUCCUUGGGCAUUAACGUCAACGAUUAUGCUGAAAUAGUGGAAUUAACAUGGCGGGAGGCAAUCAAAAGCGAAAAUUUGGAUAAGAAAGAGCUUGCACCAAAUUCCGCUUCUCCUAGAGAUGUUGGCACAGCUCAGAAGUUAUCUAGCAGUGAUUGCCCAAGAGAAACUCCAUCCUCGGAUUUGGCCAAGGUUUCUGGCCAAGAUGCAUCUUGCAAUACACAAUUUCGGAGUGACCAAGUCAACCAGAACGACAUAGAUGUGAGAAACAAUCCUUCCCAUGAAAAUCGAACCAGUGCAUUUGCUGCACAAAAGAGCCUCAGUCCUCCAACUAGAAGAAGAGGGCGUAAACCAAAUUCUCUGAUGAAGCCAGAGGAAGGGUAUGAUCACACUUGGAUCAACGUUGAAGGAAAAUCUGAUAAAACUCCCUGCCAAGGGAAAGAGAGCAAAAAAAGAAUUGGUCGUCCUCGUAAACAUUUGGUGUCUAAGGGAUCACAUUUCACAUCAUCUCAAAGUCUCAACACUAUUGAAGACUUCCAGACUAGAGAAAGACGUGCAGAAGAGGAAAUCAAACCAAGUGACGGUGAACAAUUGAUGCCAGUUUCAGAUUCACUAAAACGUGCAGAAGAGGAAAAUAAACCAAGUGAUGGUGGAUUUCGUUCUGCUUCUACUAAAAAACGGAGCAACAAUGGUGAAACUUCCAAAAAGCGUAAGAGGAAGUGUUCUCCUUCAGAAAAGGCGGCAAGAAAGCAAGCUGAAAAGCUGGUUGGUAGCAGAAUAAAGGUUUGGUGGCCGAUAGAUCAGACGUUUUAUGAAGGUAGUAUCGCUUCUUUUGACUAUUUCGAGAAGAAGCACAAGGUCAAUUAUGACGACGGAGAUGUAGAAGAUUUGGAUCUUUCAAUAGAACGCUGGGAAUUAAUUAGAGAUGUUAAGUCAGCAGUUGAUUUUCAGGAACAAGAGACUGUGGCAGGUGGUGCUAAUUUAUCUGAAAUAAAGCUUGACCAUGUAACAAAUUCGGAUCGCUCUGCAAGAAGUACGUGCAAGGCUCGGGAUGGUGCUGAAUUACCUGUAGUGAAACCAGAAGUUGAACAGCGCAAGGUUUCCAGAAGCAAUUCAGCACCAUCAACAUCUGAAAGGGCACAGGAUGCUUCUGUUGAAUUACCUGUUGUGAAACAAGAAGUUGAGAAGCGGAAAGUCAUCAGAAUAAAACCAACACAUCAAAGGGUUCGGAACGCUGCUGCUGAAUUACCUGUAGGGGAAGAAGGUGAAAAGCCGAAAAACAAAAGGAGACGAACAAAGAAGGCAACCCCUAGAUUCCCAGUCCUUGAUAGCGAAAAGGUGAAUGUUAAAGGCUAUCAAGUGAAAGCCAGUGCUGCUCCUAUAUUGGAGGAGAUUUUCGAAAAGCAUGGUGAUAUCGCUGCCAACUGUCCCUACCCAUCGCGGGGGUUUAGGGCCUCAGUCUUUGAGGUAAUCUGUGAUGUCAUCAGAGAACUGAGAACUAAUGAUUGGGGAACCAUUGUUUCGAUGGUUGGACAGAUGAGGACUGAAGUCUCGGACACUGCCGCUGCUGCUCAUCUCGAGGUCUCGUGGCUGAAGCAGAUUCUCGAUGAUAUUUCAACCGAGGAUGAUGGCCAGCUAGCAAGUGUAAUCAGAAACACCGCACUUGUUAGUAAAGCAGCCCGGAAGGACUUGACACAGAGAAAAGCCGAGCUUGUGAUUGCAGAGCGCAGCUACGAGGAGGCCAAAAGACAGCUUGAGCGUGCUGAACAGAGUAAACGAACAGCAGAAAGGGCAGUCGAGGUUCUUGAAUCAGUGAAGAAAAAGGCCCAAAACGACAUGGAGUUGAACUUCAACAAACGGAAUGAUCUGCAGAACAGGUUCUUUACUCUCCAAUAACCUCCCGGGGUCUCCUCUAUCCCAAACCUCUUGUGCAAAAGCUGUGCAACUACUGUGUAUCAAGUUUGCAGACCUUUGAGGGCUUCAGAGUAAGGGAGAAUAAUGGCAUUGUUCGAGUUCAUUGUGAAGAUUCGGGGAAUGAAAGAGCUGUUUGCUGAGAAAUCCCAACGGUGUCGUUCUGAGCCCAGUCACUGAUAUCACAGCUCGCCCAUGGUGGAGGAUGAAGAGCCACUGAUGCUCUAGGGAAUUAGUUUAGAGCAUUUGUCUGCAUGUAUAUAUGAUGUAUGUAUGUUUCUUUUUAGCUUGUAAGUAUGGUUCUUGUCAUACCAGAUUUUGGAACCCAAUGAAAGCCUCUGUUUAUCCAUCUCAAUCA